CUGGAGUGCUCCAGCCCAGCACAGCAGCACCCAGGCAGACACAUCUGGCGCCUCGUACACCUCCAACACAGAGAAUACUGGAGUGAGUGGACACUUCUUGGGCAGGACUCUGCCAAACUCAGCCCUCAUCAGAGUUUUGGACUUCAGAGUCAGUCACCCCAUUUUGCAGCUAAGGCCUCACCAUGGGGCUAUUCAGGUGGGACUAGGAUGUUCUUUCUUGUUUGGUGCACAGCAGUGGCAAGGCUAGCUGCAUAUCAGGUUUGACCUGUUCUGGGCAGAGCAAGAACUGGGGACUGAGACUGUGGCUGUGUGUCAGGUGAGUAAACUAAGGCACAGAGCAAGCAAGGACUGCCUGUAGCGGGGCCAGCCAGGUGGGUCAGAGGGGCACAGCUGGCUACUUCCCAUCAACUCGGCACCCUCAGAAGCAUCUGUGCUCCCCAAAAGGUCACCAGGGAUUGCAGGAGCAUGAACAAAGGCCACCCUGGGGUGACACCAUGUGCAUGGGGAACUCUGUGGCACAGGGAAGCAGAGGGCCCUGGGGUGAUGCUGAGGCCCAGGCUUCAUGAAGAAGCCCUUUCUCUGGCCUCAGCCACAGUACCUCCCCAUCACCCCUCGUCCCUGGCAAGUCAAGCUGAUGGCCCGCAGUGGCCUCUCCUCUCUCACAGGUGUCAGCUCUGUCACCCAGUGAGGUGACAGCCAACCCACCAGCAUGCCCUGGGCAUUGCCACUGCGAUGGUCACCAUGGGGCCGGCCUGGUGUGAAGGCCUUGAUCACUGCCGGAGUGUUUGUAACCACCCUCUGGAACCUGAGGUUCUUCCUCAACCCCUCCAAAGGCUCUGGAGAAGAGCCUAAACAGAGGGAGCCAUUGGUGAUUCUGGUGUGGGAAUGGCCCUCCAAGCAGGUCCCCAGUGUCAGCAGAGAUGUGUGCCAUGAGCUGUACAGCAUCACAGGCUGCCAGCUCACUACAGAGCGGCAGCUCCUGCACCAGGCCAAUGUGGUGGUGUUCCCCCACUCCAGGCUCCAGCCUGGCCAGGACAAACUGCCCAAGGAGAGGCUGCCGGGGCAGAACUGGGUGUGGGUCUCCCUGGAGUCCCCCUCCAACACUAGAGCUCUAGCAGCAUGGAACCAGACCUUCAACUGGGUGAUGACCUAUAGACAGGAUUCGGACAUCUUCAUCCCCUAUGGCAAGCUGGUACCCAACAAAUCAGCCACCGUGAACAUCCCUGCAAAGACCAACUUGGUGUCCUGGGUUAUCAGCAACUACCACAGGACUCAGAAAAGAGCUGAAGUCUACAAAAACCUCUCCAGGUACCUCCAUGUGAAUAUAUACGGGAAAGCAAACAACAAGCCCCUCUGCAAGGACUGCCUCUUGCCAACAAUAUCCAAGUCCAAAUUCUACCUGGCCUUUGAGAACUCCAUCCACCGGGACUACAUCACAGAGAAACUCUGGAGGAACUCACUGCUGGCCGGCACUGUGCCUGUGGUGCUGGGGCCACCCAGGGCCAACUAUGAGCAGUUUAUUCCUGCAGACUCCUUCAUCCAUGUCAAUGACUUUGGCUCCCUAAAGGAGCUGGCCACCUUCCUGAAGACAGUGAACUCCAGUCGCUACCGGCAGUUCUUUGCCUGGCAGAGGAGGUUCAGUGUGAAGCUCUACACUGACUGGAGGGAGCGGAUCUGUGCCAUCUGUACAGCCUACCCCCGCCUUUCCCAUGGCCACCUCUAUCCUGACCUGCAGAGCUGGUUCAACUCCUAGUGCAUGCCGGGACCCUUGGGAUGAAUGCAGGCAGGGGUGGGAGGUGCACGAGGCACCCACCUGCACACAUGAUGUGGAGCAAAGACAGGAGCACCCCACUCUCCUCCCAGCCCAGCUGUUGCCACACUGCAACUUCAAGCAACUCCCCAUGACUUCAUUUUUUGUGAAACAGGACUUAAUCACCCCGACCCAACACUGAACACCUUGCCAGGGUGCUGGCAGGACCAGAGGGUACUUUGGAAAUAAGUGGCACAGUGCUGCUGAGGCUGUGCAUGUAGUGUGGGCAGGACAGCAGGGUAGUGGUGGUGGCUCAGGGCUCCCUGACCUCCCCUGUGAUCCUCAAUGUCCCCUCAGCACUUUCUGCUGGGUGCCAAAGUCCUGGCAGCAGAGGCCCUGUGGUGACAUUUUGUGGCUGGUCUGGAGUGGCAGGGGUCAGCCCAGGGGGGUCCAUUACUCCAUGGCUAGGGAGGAAGGACAGCAUCUGCUCCCCUUCUUCCUUGCAGCACCCAUUUCCUGUCCCCAACCCGAGCCAUGGGUGUCGCUGUGCCACUGAGGAGCCACAGGACAGCAGAUGCUCUCAGAGCAGCCUGUGCUGCCAGGCAGGCAGAGGGAUACUGUGGUUUGUCACUCCCUCCCUGCUGUGACAGGAAGCCAGUGAGCUGACAGCUUCUGAAGGCUUGCACCAUCCUCGAGUAAAGCCAGUCCCGUGGGUAACUUGCACAUGCACACAUUGCAGUGGGGAAACCCUGCACCAUGGGCACCCUGCACCAUGGACAUCCCAAGAGGAAGUACCCGUCUGGGAUCAUGAAAUUGGGGUGAAAAUCGGGGUUGAGCGACAUGACCAGGGGUAAGAUAUGACUGCUCCAUCUGUGCCUUGCUCUUUGCCCCUCUACUCAGUGCCAUCAACUCCCUUGAUAUAAACAACUCUUUUUGUCACAAGUUUUUCCAGUUUUCUUCCCUGUGGGCCUGAAGUCACCAAACCCCACCUCGCCACCCUGCAGGCUGCCAGGUGCCCAGCAGGACUGAGAGCUGGCAGAGGAGACAGCCCUCCCCUGGCACAGCCCUGGUGAGGCGGCAGUUGGACAGGCACACUGUGCUCUUCUGACUUCUGUGGCUUCCGAUUUCCGCUUCGUUGUUUUCUGGGUCAACCAGAAGUGGAACGGGAGGGACUGUGGAUGCCCACAGACAGAUGCUGGGUACUCAUGGGCAGGGGGUGCCAGGGGUGCAGGAUGUUGGAGUCUCAUGGUGGGCUGUAGUUCUUGCAUGGCUGCAUGCAGAAAACCAGAUAGUGGAAAUGUGGAGAAGCAAACCUGUGGGAGACGACAUCUGUCUCACAUUUCUGCUCCUGACCCUGGCCAGCCUCCUGCACCACUCAAGCGCCAGGCAGCACUGGGCAGCAGCAACAGGAGGCAGUUCCCAGUGGAUGUCACACACAGCUGUACCCCUACCCUGUGGGCCGGCAAGUUUGAGGCUCUGGGGAGCAAGCAAAGAUGCAGAGGGGCCCCACCCCAUAGGGCUGGAAUCUAGCCCAGCCCAGCCCUUUGCACGGUCGCAGGGUGCCCAGUAAGCAGCUGCCUUCACUGCCCCUGGACACUGCCUAGUGCUAGUGCCUAGCACUGCCCUGGUGCCUCCAGGCAGCCCUAGAGAGCAAACCCCUUAUAGAGCAAAAAAUGGGGAUUUCAUUCUGCUCAGGGCAAGGGCCCUUGAGAGAAUGAACUGGGGACAAACCAGCUGAGAGUGUGGUGGGGAAAAGUGAAGGCCCCAGACAUCCCUGCUCCCACCA